UCUCUCCCCGCUUUUCUGCAUUUCCUCUCGGAUCUAGUCGGAUCCAGUCCGGGUGAAGCGGAUUUCAUGGUGCGAGAUAAUCGGCACAUGAUGUGAGUUAAUCAGGCGGAGAUGUGGGGGGAAAAACUCAGACGCGCUCGACAGGUGAGCAACAAGUGAUCAAGAGGGAGGACGACACGGAGGGCACAGACAAAAUAAAGGAGGUAGCGGGAGGGACAGUAACCGGAGAAGGAAAGGAGAUAAAGCAGCUCCUUGGUUCUCGGUAUGGACACGGGGCAGAGCGCACAGGUCACCGACAUGGGAGGAGAGCACUCCGCCGGGGUAAGUGCGGUGGAGCGGGAGAGGGGCGAUGUGCCCAGCCCCUGUCCACCGGCCAAGCAGCGCUCCUUGCGGGUGGUGUACGUCCUGAAUGACGGUCUGAAGUCGGUGAUGGCCAGCAGCCCGGAGUCUGGAGCUCUUCAGUGUCUGCAGAGAGCCUGCGACUCGGAGAGCGCGCUGCUCACCACCGUCACCUUCGGCCGGCUGGACUUUGGAGAAACAUCCGUGCUCGAUAGUUUCUACGAUGCAGACAUCGCCGUGGUGGAUAUGAGUGAUGUGUUUCGGCAGCCAUCCUUGUUUUAUCAUCUGGGUGUGAGGGAGAGCUUCGAUAUGGCCAACAACGUCAUCCUGUACAACGACACUGACCCGGACACUGCCCAAUCACUGAAGGACAUGGUCGCACAAAAAAACACAAAGGCCAACCGUUCUCCAGCAUUAGGCUUUCCCUGGGUUCAGUUGCCACCAGAAUACAGAGGCUCUGGACUGUGCAAUAAAGCAUCCAGUGGUAACUACUACUUCAUCCCCUACAUAGUGACUCCUAACCAUGAAUACAUGUGCUGUGAGAGUGACGCCCAGCGCAGGGCCAGUGAGUACAUGCAGCCCAGCUGGGACAACCUGCUGAGCCCCCUUUGCGUCCCCCUGACAGACCGCUUCACCAGCCUGCUGAAGGACAUCCACGUCACAUCCUGCGCUUCAUUUAAGGACACCCUGCUAAAUGACAUCAGGAAGGCCAGAGAGAAAUACCAGGGAGAGGAGCUGGCCAAGGAGCUUUCUCGCAUUAAACUCCGAAUCGACAACACUGAAGUCCUCACCCAGGACAUCGUGAUGAACUUGCUCUUUUCGUACAGAGACAUACAGGACUAUGAUGCUAUGGUGAAGCUGGUGGAGACUCUAGAGAUGCUGCCGACUUGUGAUCUAGCCACCCAGCCCAUGAUCCAGUUCCACUAUGCCUUCGCCCUAAACAGGAGGAACACUCCUGGCGACAGGGAGCAGGCUCUCGAAGUGAUGCUACAGGUUUUGCAGUCGUGUGAACAUCCAGCACCGGACAUGUUCUGCCUCUGUGGACGGAUAUACAAAGACAUAUUCCUGGACUCUGACUGCAAAGACACUAUAAACAGGGACAACGCUAUACAGUGGUACAGAAAGGGUUUUGAGCUGCAGCCAACCCUCUACUCUGGUAUCAACCUUGCUGUUCUACUCAUAGUCGCGGGUCAACAGUUUGAGAGCUCCAUUGAACUGAGAAAAAUAGGUGUGCGGUUGAACAGUCUGCUGGGUCGCAAAGGCUCCCUGGAGAAAAUGAAUAACUACUGGGACGUGGGCCAGUUCUUCACUGUUGGCAUGCUAGCUAACGACAUCCCUAAAGCUACUCAGGCCGCAGAGAAGCUCUUCAAACUCAAGCCGCCUAUCUGGUAUUUGCGCUCUGUGGUGCAGAACCUGCAGCUGAUCCAGAGGUUUAAGAAGCAGACAGUGGAACACUCUCCUCAGAGGGAAAGACUCAACUUUUGGAUGGACAUCAUAGUGGAGGCAACGCAGGGCACCACCGAACGACUGCGGUUUCCAGUGUUGAUUCUAGAGCCAACUAAGGUUUACCAGCCUUCCUAUGUGUCCAUCAACAAUGAGGCUGAAGAGAAAAAUGUCUCUAUUUGGCAUGUUUCUCCCGCUGAAACGAAAGGGAUCCAUGAGUGGACCUUCACUGCAAUGUCAAUUAAAGGCAUAAGCAUCAGUAAGUUUGAUGAGCGCUGCUGCUUCCUGUACGUCCAUGAUAACUCAGAUGACUUCCAGAUUUACUUUUCCACUGAGGAACAGUGCGGUCGGUUCUGCUCAAUGGUGAAAGAGAUGAUAUCAGAUGGUACGGGGAAUGCUGUGGAGCUGGAGGGGGAAGGAGAUGGAGAUACACUGGAGUAUGAAUAUGACACCGAUGAGACAGGGGACAGGGUGGUGUUGGGGCGUGGCACCUAUGGAGUGGUGUAUGCUGGGAGAGACGUCAGCAACCAGGUUCGAAUCGCCAUCAAAGAGAUCCCUGAGAGAGACAGCAG